AUGAAGUCCUUUUCGCUGCUUCCUCUAGCAGCAAUUGCUGCGGCCCUUGUCAUUCCCGAUGCCGAAACUGCUCAAUCGCUACGAUUGCAGCUUCAAGAUUCUAAGCCCCAAUCGAUAUGGGAUAGUCUGCCUAGUGCAGACCAGAUCUGGGCAGAUGCUGAAGAGCGUGUAGAGCAGGUUGUAGGAUGUGCCAAGCAUAAGGUGGAAAACGUUGUUGAUACUGUGUACGAGACGACGGUCAAGUACGACAAUCAGUUCCGAACCGCCUUUGCUGGUGAUGAAUGGCUGGCUAGCAAGCAAGAUAAGAAGAGUCCUGAAGACCAUCCACCUCAUCACGGUCCUCCUCACGAUGGCCCCCCACAUCACGGUCCUCCCGAUCAUCACGGCCCUCAUCACCCCCACCAUGGACCACCAAAUCAGACAGUAUACCAAUUGAUUGCAGAGAGCAAAUACACUACCAGGCUCGCCAAGCUGAUCAACGAAUACCCUGACUUGGUUGAAAUGCUCAACGGCACCAAGGCCAACUUCACCGUCUUUGCUCCAACUGACCAAGCUUUCGAGAAGAUCCCCAAGCACGCACCUAAGCCGUCAAAGGAGCAGCUAAAGCAUAUUCUGUCAUACCAUGUCUCACCUGAGUUCUACCCUGCUGGGCGAGUAUUGGUCACCCGCACUAUCCCUACUGCCCUAGGUGCAGAGUUCAUUCAUGCUCCACAGAGACUGUCUACUCAGGUCAGCUUCAGAGGCCUCACCGUCAACUUCUACGCCCGCAUCAUCGCUGUCAACAUUUUCGGCACCAAUGGUGUGAUUCAUGGAAUCGACUCUAUCCUUCUACCACCUCCCAAGGUCGCUGACAUCAUCACCUCCUUCCCUGGUGAAUUUAGCACCCUUGAGCUUGCUCUAUACAAGACUGGUCUAUUCCCAGCAUUCAACGAUACUAAGACACACCAUGGGGGCACACUCUUCGCUCCUUCCAACUUUGCUUUCCAGAAGCUUGGUCCACGAAUCAAUGCCUUCCUCUUUAGCGAACAUGGUCUCAAGUACCUUAAGGCACUUAUUGAGUAUCAUGGUGCACCUGACGUCACUCUUUACUCCGAUGCCAUCUACAAGCACAAGGAAGACUCUGAGAGCUUCCCAGACCAUCGUAUUCCAAAGGGAAUCUACCAUAUUGACCUGGAAACCGGUCUAAAGGGUAAGAGCUUGAGUGUUGAUAUUGCUCGCUAUGGACGCUUGAUCGAGAUCAAGAUUAACGGCUUCAACCGUGUGGCUGUCAGUGACGGCAUUGCUGCUGAUGGUGUCAUCCAUGUAGUGAACAGUGUUCUCAUCCCACCAAAGGAGCCUGGUAUGGUCUCGCUUGAGGCCGACGAUACUCUGACCGUCGAAGAGCUCAAGGCAGCCCUUGCACCAUUUGUCGACCAGAUUGAGGAAGGAAAAUCUGGUUGGGAACUAUGA